CUAUUAUCCGGAUUCUUCCUGUUUCUUUCCCAGUAUGACAGCAGUAAUCAAAAAGAGCACCAAUAGGCUCACUUCUUACGUUAUCCUUAUCUUCCGGUAAAUCGGAUAAGCCCUACACACCCUAGAUAAAAAAACAUUUGGACACGAGGGAGGAGGGAAAGGAGUGGUUUAUGAAACUGAUUUUAAGCCACCACGAAGCGAGCUCUCCCCCCGGCAAUCUUAAGGGUGUUUCUCAAUCAAAGAACUUAUAGCAUCUCUACUUUCACUACCGAACACCUCUCGCCCCCAGGAGUCAGCGUAGUUUCCAUGGUGUUAGGUUGCCCCCUACGUUAGGUACAGACCGUUACGGUUUUCUUCCUCCCACCUGGGACCGAAGGGGUGGGAGAACCCCAGCCAGCCCUCAACAAAGAGGAUCUCGGAGAAGCGACCGCAGCCUCCGCCCCGCUCCCUCCGCAGCCCCUCGCCCCCUGGCUCCUUCCGCGCGUGCGCGAAUGGUCGCCCACCCCCAGCAAGCCGGAGCAGAGGGGACGCGGGGGCGCGCACGGAAGGGGGGUCGAUUGGAAAGCUGAGGGCUCCAAGUCCUUGGGGACCUCGGGCUAAAUAGAGUGGAAAAUGCUUCAGGAAACAUCUCGAGGCCACUCACCGCGUGCGGAAGACUGCUGCGGCAACCCACCAGCCCUCCCCAAAAGAAAAUCGUGAAUACAGGAACCGACAACCCUCCCGCCCACGCGGAGUCAACCGCCUCCGACCGCGGCUCCAUCCGGCUUCCCCGUGCCGACAAUGGCGCCGGCCUUGGGACGAGAGGAAGCGCGAGAGCUGAAACUCACCGGCAGCCACACAAUCCAGGGAAAGUCCAAGGCUGAGGUCUACCUGCAAGAUGGAAUGAAGAAUUAAGGAAGAAUACUGCUGUACAGAGUAAUGAUGCGGGUGUGCUGGUUGGUGAGACAGGAUAGCCGGCACCAGCGAAUCAGACUUCCACAUUUGGAGGCAGUGGUGGUUGGGCGUGGCCCAGAGACCAAGAUCAUUGACAAGAAAUGUUCUCGACAGCAAGUACAGUUGAAAGCAGAGUGUAACAAAGGAUAUGUCAAGGUAAAGCAGGUAGGGGUCAAUCCCACCAGCAUUGAUUCAGUCAUAAUUGGGAAGGACCAAGAGGUGAAGCUGCAGCCUGGCCAGGUUCUCCACAUGGUGAAUGAACUUUAUCCAUAUACUGUAGAGUUUGAGGAAGAGGCAGAGAGCCCUGGCCUGGAAACACACAGGAAGAGAAAGAGGUCAGGCAACAAUGAUUCUAUAGAAAGGGGUGCUGCCCAGGAAGCUGACUCCCAUACAGGACUGGAACCUGGGAGUGACCCUGGCCAAUGCUCUGUGCCCUCAAAGAAGGAGAAAGAUGCGUCUACCAAAAAGGAAUCAUUGGGCCACUGGAGUCAAGGCUUAAAAAUUUCUAUGCAGGAUCCCAAAAUGCAGGUUUACAAAGAUGAGCAGGUAGUGGUGAUUAAGGAUAAAUACCCCAAGGCUCGUCACCACUGGCUGGUCUUACCAUGGGCUUCCAUUUCCAGUCUGAAGGCUGUGACCAGGGAACAUCUUGAGCUCCUUAAACACAUGCACACUGUGGGGGAAAAGAUGAUUACAGAUUUUGCUGGGUCCAGCAAACUCCGCUUCCGAUUGGGUUACCAUGCCAUUCCCAGCAUGAGCCAUGUACAUCUUCAUGUGAUCAGUCAGGAUUUUGAUUCUCCUUGCCUCAAAAACAAAAAACAUUGGAAUUCUUUCAAUACAGAAUACUUCAUAGAAUCGCAAGCUGUGAUAGAGAUGGUACAGACCGCUGGCAGAGUGAGUGUCCGAGAUGGGAUGCCUGAGCUCUUGAAGCUGCCCCUCCGUUGUCACGAGUGCCAGCAGCUGCUGCCUUCCAUUCCUCAGCUGAAAGAGCAUCUCAGGAGACACUGGCCAAAGUGAUUCUGUGGAGCCUGAACUUUUGCAGCAGGAUAAGGGGAACUCCUUCCUAUACAAAUCCAACUCCUCACCUUGACCACAAGUCCAAGAUGGAAGCAUCUGUGUUCUGGGCAGGAGGAUGGAAGAGAAGAUGAAGAAGGGGAUCAAGGAUUCACACAUACUCUUUGAGGAAGUUUCCUGGAAUCUCCUCCAUGAUUCUUCUUUUUGUAUUACCAUGGCCAGAAUUCAGCCACAAGCCAAAGGUGACCAAGCUUUAAGGGCAGCUGUGAGAUAUAACCUUUAUUUUUGGCAAAUCCAUGCUCAACUAAAAUUUUUAUUAUUACAGAAGCAGCAUAGAAUGUAAAUUAGAGACAUUGAACAGUGUCUACCAGUAUUCCUUUGCACAUGAAAAAAAAUUAAGUUCCCUCACUCUUUUUUCUUAUUUUUUACUUAUAUUGCAAAUAUUUUGCAAAUAUUACCUUUUAAUUUUAUAAUCUUUAAUUUUUUUAUGCUCUCAUCAUACAGAAGAGGGAACAUGAAGGGGGGAGAAGGGCAGAGGCAGAGAGAGGAAAUCCCCAGCAGGCUCCAUGCUCAGCACAGAGCCCAAUGUGGGCUUGAUGCGGAACUUGAUCCCAUGACCCUGGGACCAUGACCCAAGCCAAAAUCAAGAGUGGGACCCUCAACCGACUGAGCCACCCAGGUACCCCAGGCAUUCCGUUUUAUAAAACUAAUUUCUUGUUUCUGGAUUUUAUAUUUUGCUUAAGUAGGCCUUCCUUAUCCAUAUGUUCUCAUAUUUUCUUUUGGUAGUUUUAUACUUUUGUUUUUUUUUUUUUUUACUUUAGAUCUUCAUUAUAUGUGGUAUUUAAAUUUUGGUAGUGUGACAUAGGGAUCCAUCUUUAUUUUUUCAAUUUUUAUCUAACUCCAACUCGUUUUAAACUAGCCUUCAUUCUCAUUCAUUUGAAAUGCCACAUUUAUGGUGAACUAAAUUUUAAUACAUACACAAGUCUGUUAUGGGCUCCCUAUUUCAGUUAUAUUGAGCUAUUACUAAACUCUCAAUUUUUGUUACCAUGGUUUUGUAGAAUUUCUUUAUUCUUCACUCUUUUUCUUCUUUUCCUCCCCACUCCUCCUCCUUUCUCUACUCUUACUUUCAUUUCACCUAGCUGAGCUUGUAGGACACUCCUAUGAGGGUGAGACAAACUGGUACAAGCUUCCACCUCUGUUUUCUUCACUGUAGAAUCUUUGUGCCUCUUGUACUCAGCACCUUUGCAUUUCUUUUUUUUUUUUUUUUUUUUAAUUUUUUUUUUUUUUCAACGUUUAUUUAUUUUUGGGACAGAGAGAGACAGAGCAUGAACGGGGGAGGGGCAGAGAGAGA